AACAGUAAACAACAGGUAAAUAAUGAACUUACGUGAAAGAAAUUAUUGUGAAACAUGUACGUUAGGAACAGCUGUUGUUUUGUUUGGUGGAUUCCUUGUUCAUUUGGCGUUAGGGGCCAUGUACACAUUUGGGAAUUUCGCCCCAUAUUUCAUUUCGUACAUACGAAACCGUACGGAUGAUACAGAGAUUAGAAAUGUUGACAGUUUGUGGAUAAAUGCUGCCGGAACGAUUGGGAAUUGCCUUGGUCUAACUGUCGGUGGAAUCUUUGCGCUCAAAUUUGGAACCAGAAUUGCAACCUUUAUUGGAGCUGUCGUUUUCUGUGGAUCUGUAGCUGCGAGCUAUUUCACUGUAAACGAUUCGUUUAUAGCUCUUGUACUGACCUAUGGGUUGACAGGCUAUCUCGGACAUAAACUCACAUACGGAACACCGGUCCAAACAGCCAUUAAGUGGCUUCCUGAACAUUCCACACUGGCUGCAGGGAUAAUCGUCAGUGGAACUGGUGGUGGCUCCCUCAUAUUUAACCAAGUCAUAACAGGAUAUAUCAAUCCAGAUAAUCUAUCUCCAGACUUAACUACAGAAGAUGGUGGUAGAUAUUUCACCCAACCAGAGUUACUUGGUAGAGUACCGACUUGCUUUCUUGUCCUCGGUGCAACUUACUUUGGUCUACAGCUUAUUGGUAUCGCAUGUUUGUCAGACCCACCUCCAAAUAAUCAACAGGUCUGACCAACAUGAUAUAUUUUAUUCAGUUAGCAACCAAUAAGCAGAACUGCAUUACCCCAUAUUUUAUAUGGGAUGAUAUGUUAAGCGAAUACAAGCACUUUAGAAUUAUUUGCCACACAAUCCUUUCUCUCUUUUAAUUUGCGAGUUUUACGAACGGUACGAUUACCUUUAGUCUGUAAAAUUAAAUGGUACACUAGAAAAAUGCUGCAUUGAUAUGAGUUGCACAACAUGCUCUUAAAAUGUGCUUAAAUCUUCUAUACAUCUUACAGUUUUGAUACAGAUAAAUCUCAAUUACUCGAACAUGAGACACUGGACAUUCCGAAUAAGUCAAGUAAUACAAUUGUUUUACACAAUAUUCUCCAUACAUUCCUGUGAAAGCUCAAACAUUGGUAAGUCAACACCCGAUCAACACCCGAUCCCAGUGACUCAAAAAUGGUUUUCAAACAUCUUUAUUAUGCAUUGUAUCUGUAUUUAGCUAGACCUUUUAAGAUUUGAGGCAAGAUGAAAUUUGCACAGACAGUUUGCGGAAACGGCGUUGAAAAUUUUAUUUUUGUAAUUACACAAUAGAUCUACGAAUGUAAUGUCCAUUCGUUAUUUAUUUUUUAAAAAAUCAUAUAUACAAUGCUUUUUUUUCUUACGGACGACUUUUGCAUCCAUAUAUUGACUGGUUUAAAAAAUGCGCCAACCCACAAAUAAUGGAUAUCAACUGCCUUUCGAAGUUACUGUUAAUAUGUUUCACUAAUAAGUAUUACUGCAGCAAUGUGAGUAGUAAAGUUUAAUUUUUGUCAGUUUGAACAACAUAUGUCUUUCACCGAUUCUAAUUGUGUUUAUCGCAACUCUUUUUGCUUUGCAACUGUUCAAUCAUUUGCAACAGUUCAGUCAUCAGCUAAACUUCUUUCGACUAACGUAAU